CUCCUCGCAGCCACCGGUACGGUCGUCGACACUGCCUCUGAUCAGCAGGAGUCAUGCUACCCAACACCGGGAAGCUAGCGGGAUGUACGCUUUUUAUCACAGGUGCAAGCCGUGGCAUUGGCAAAGCUAUUGCAUUAAAAGCAGCGAAGGAUGGAGCAAAUAUUGUCAUUGCUGCAAAGACUGUCCAUGCACACCCCAAGCUUCCAGGCACGAUAUAUACUGCUGCUGAAGAAAUUGAAGCAGUUGGAGGAAGGGCCUUGCCGUGUGUUGUUGAUGUGAGAGAUGAACAGCAAAUCAGUAAUGCAGUGGAGAAAGCAGUCGAGAAGUUUGGAGGAAUUGAUAUUUUGGUGAAUAAUGCCAGUGCUAUUAGCUUGACCAACACAUUGGAUACACCUACAAAGAGAGUGGAUUUGAUGAUGAAUGUCAAUACCAGAGGCACCUACCUUACAUCUAAAGCAUGUAUUCCUUACUUGAAAAAAAGUAAAAUUGCUCAUAUCCUCAAUCUCAGCCCUCCGCUGAACCUAAAUCCAUUGUGGUUCAAACAGCACUGUGCUUACACCAUUGCAAAGUAUGGUAUGUCUAUGUGUGUACUUGGAAUGGCAGAAGAAUUUAAAGGUGAAAUUGCAGUCAAUGCAUUGUGGCCCAAAACAGCCAUCCACACUGCUGCUAUGGAUAUGCUGGGAGGAUCUGGUAUUGAAAGCCAAUGUAGGAAAGUUGACAUCAUUGCAGAUGCUGCAUAUUCUAUUUUCAAAAAGCCAAAAAAUUUUACUGGCAACUUUAUUAUUGAUGAAAAUAUCUUAAAAGAAGAAGGAAUAAAAAAUUUUGAUGUCUAUGCAAUUAAACCAGGCCAUCCUUUGAUACCAGAUUUCUUCUUAGAUGAAUUCCCAGAUAUAAUUCCCAAGAAAAUGGAAUCCCAUGGUGCCGUUCCAGCAUUCAGAGAAGGAAAGCAGGUGCCCCAAACAAAACCACGCUCUGGACCUGUGGAAGAAACAUUCAGAAUUGUCAAGGACUCACUCAAUGAAGACAUUGUUAAAGCUACGCAAGCCAUCUAUCAGUUUGAACUCUCAGGUGAGGAUGGUGGAACAUGGUUUCUUGAUCUUAAAAACAAAGGUGGAAUUGUCGGGUAUGGAGAGCCCACUAACCGGGCAGAUGUGGUGAUGAGCAUGUCUACUGAAGAUUUUGUAAAAAUGUUUUCUGGGAAACUAAAACCAACCAUGGCAUUCAUGUCGGGAAAGCUGAAGAUUAAAGGUAACAUGGCCCUAGCAAUCAAACUGGAGAAGUUAAUGAAUCAAAUGAACGCCAGGCUGUGAAAGAAAGAAAAAAAAGUCGACUGCUAGGCUCAAGUAAAAAGCACAACUGUUAAAAAUCUAAAAUUUGUUUCCUUCCCUAUUUUUUUAUCAUGUAUGCAUGUCUGCCUUAGGAAAAAUGGAAUUUCUAUAUCUGUUAGACUUCAAUUAAAACAGCUUGCUAAUCAAACAUAAGCUUCAUUAAGUGAAAUUCUAAGACAUUGUGAUUUUUAUUAUUU